GACAUGAGGGUGGGGGUUCACUCUGGGUCAGUCCUCUGCGGCCUGGUGGGUACAAGAAGGUUCAAAUUUGAUGUCUGGUCACAUGACGUCACAUUGGCCAAUGAAAUGGAGUCCAGUGGUCAGCCGGGCAGAGUCCACGUCUCCGACUCAACGUACAAGUUGGUGCAGCAUCUCUACAAGGUCGAACCGGGA